UCCAGGCAAAAUUUAAAUUGAAUUUUUAAAAUGGAGAAAGUUUUACAAAAGGCAGAUAAAUUAUAUUCUCAAGGCCAGUUUACCACCAGCCUCGAUCUAUACCGAAAAGUGAUUCAAAAGCGGUUCCAAUGCUAUAACAAAGAAAUUCUAGAGGUUAAGGUAUCAGACAAAGAGCAUUCUAGACAAGCCACUCAGGAGAUGGAGGAGAACAUCCCAACUCUCAAUAACCUAAUAACUCCAAAUGCGUUUACUGCAGGUUUGAAGACUUCUGCCUCGCAAUUUACUCAGAAUAAUACGACCAAGAACCAGAAAAGAAUCCGAAAAUAGAAGAUCUAGAGUGACUAAGCACAGCCAAAAUGUCAUUCUUGAGGAAAUCAAGCAAGAAGAUGCUGCACUUCUUAAAAGAGUUAUCAAAGAUUUCAACAAAUACGCCCUCGAAUGUGUCAAUACUUCUAAGAAUGAAGAAAGUCAUGCGAUAUUCUCAAGACUUUUGAAGAUGUGUAUGGCGUAUUGAGAGUCCUUCCCGAAACUUACAUGCUUGACUUAUAACAACCUCAGUUGAUUAUUCAAGAAGAGCAUUCCUAAGAAAGCACUUAGGUAUUUGUUAAAAGCACUAGAAUUUGCAAAGAAGGAUGCCAAGGAAGGCAAAGAAUCGGAAUACCUCCCGCUUACCUACAUCAACCUGAGCGCAGUCUAUUCUGAGAGCAAGCAGCACAAAAAGAGUCUAACUUGCUCACAGAAAGCAGUAGAUGUUCUUUCAACAAUCUGUGGAGACUGGGAGGACGAGAGUAUAGAGGUAGAUCACCUUCUUGACAAAACUAAGGAAUAUUUCUCUCUCCUCGCAAUAGCAUACUACAAUGUAGGGUGUCAAUACGAGUUCAUGAAGCAGUACCUUGAUAGUAGACUUGUCUUUCUCAAAUCAAUCAAGGUUCUUAAGAAAUAUUUUGGGGAAACCCAUCCUUUGAUCGAAGAAAAUCGGAAAUCCCUUAAAAGGAUUGAGAAAAUAAUACAAAAUGACAAACCAUCAGAUUCGAAGACUUUUACCAACCUGGAUUGCAGCAUUCUCCAGAACAGAAUCACUAGACUGAUGGAAGAUCGAAAGAGCAGUAGGAAAUCCAUAAAUCUCGCUUUCGGAGUCAAUAAAAGAUAUUUCAAAAAUGAUCGAAAACUUAAAGGCUCAAGAAGGUAUUGAACAAAGAGUAUUAGAGGUAAAUCCUCUGACAGAAAUAGAGGUAUGAGGAACCACAGCCUUAAUCAAGAGAUUACUAACGAGAUGGUCCAGGAAGCUGACCUUGGAUCUUCAAUUAAGCUAGACCAGCAAUUCGAUAUCCACAUGAUGGAUGAUGAAUACAAGCUGAGCGAAAUUAGAGAGGGAAGAGCUAUGAAGAGUUCAUUAUCAAAAAGAUUCUCAGCUUCUUUUAACCGUCCAAACACUUAUUCAAACAAAGGUAACGUCAAGAAGAACAAUAAGAGACCCAAGAGUGCAAAAACUGCUGUUGGAAAUACAUCUAGAAUGAAAAUAAUCAAAAAGCUUCAAAACGCUUAUGGAGACCAUUCACAAAGCAAGGAAAAUGACCUAUCAAUCUUUAAUUCAACCAUUCGUGAUAGCCAAUUCAGAGACAAGAUCAUGGAUAUUAGUACAAGCAUUAAAUCAAUAUAUGGUCAAAAUAACAGCAAAUACAGGGAACCAGGAAAAUCCUCCUUAGCAGCUUCAAAAAUAAUCGAUGAGCCAGACUUGAUGAAGAACUCUCUAGCUUCUAGCAGUGAUGUAAAUAAGUUGCUCUCUAACUGUUCCAAAAUAUACAACUCGACUUCUAGAAGAGAGAGGCCUUCGACUGCAAGCUUCAGUAAGAAGUCAGUCAUGAAAAAGGAAAUAUUACAAGGAGAAUAUCAGAAUAUUAAAACCCAUAUUAUGCACGGUACUAAGCCGGUGUACACAUCUCUGAACAAAACUUCCUCAAAUUUCUUCAAAAAGUGAUCAUUCAAGGCAUAUCAGCCCAGACAGUCCAAAGUAUGUGGGGCAAAGAAAGUCUUGAAAAGGUCUGCACGAAGAAAACAAAUGAAGAAUAACAGUGUGAGAGUGAUUUCUCAAGCCCAACGUGAGAAGUCCAACCAGUCCUCGAUGAGCUUCACCAACGUUAUCAUCAUUUAACCGCUCUUCAAGAAUUUUCAGC